CUUCUUCAUAACAUCAAAAACACUUGGUUUUCUUUCUCUUGUCGUUUUUUAAUUUGGUCAAAUACCAACUUUUGAAAAUAAGAAAUUUUACCUUGACCCUCUCUAUUUGCUUUCCCACAUGAAAACUUAGGAAAUUUUUGCAAUAUAUAUAGUUAAGCUAUGGAUAUCACAAACUCAACUUCCCUCUUUUUCUCUAUACGAAAGUUUAUGGUUGCUUACAAUUCCACCUUGUUUGCUUUUUCCAUGAUCAUGAUGCAUACAAAGUCCUUUUGCCUUCUUUGUGCCGCUUUUAUGCUUGUUGUGCACUUGAAACCAGUUCUUGGAAUUGGAGACGGUCAUAUUCAGUGCAUAGAGAGUGAGAGACAAGCACUCCUCCAGAUUAAAGAAGAGCUUAUAGAUGAUUAUGGUCAUCUCUCUUCUUGGGGUAGUGAAGAAGAGAAGAAAGAUUGCUGCAAAUGGAAAGGGAUUCGAUGCAGCAACCAAACUGGACACAUCAUCAUUCUUGAUCUUCCAGUAGCAGAGCUUGCUGGUACUAACAACAAGCCCCUGAGAGGUAAGAUUAGUAAUUCAUUGCUUGAAUUACAACAUCUUAACUAUUUGGACCUUAGCGGCAAUGAUUUUGGAGGGACCUUUUUCCCAAAUUUGAAUGGUUCUUUUAGUAAAUUAAGAUAUUUGAAUAUCUCCAAUGUUGGUUUUAUUGGAAGUCUCUCAUAUCAGCUUAGGAAUCUCUCAAGCUUACAGUCUUUUGAUGUCAGCCACAACAAACUUGAAGGCAAAAUUCCUAACUUUUUUGGAAAUUUCUGUAGUUUACAUACGCUGAGCCUGUCUAACAACAAUCUUACAGGACAGCUACCUGUGUUUCUUGAACACUUGUCUGGCUGCGCAAAGAACUCGUUGAAGAUUCUGAAGUUAGAAAUGAAUCAUCUUUAUGGUUCAUUACCUGAUAUUACAAAAUUUCCUUCUUUAAAAGAACUGUUUGUCUAUGGUAAUCAGCUAAAUGGCUCUUUUCCAGAAUUUUUCAGCAAUAUCUCCUAUCUUCUUGUUUUGGAUGUGGCUGGCAAUCAAUUAGCAGGAUCAUUACCUGAUCUUACUAUGUUUCCUUCAUUGAAGAUGUUAUGCAUUUUUGAAAAUCUAUUAAAUGGAACUAUCAAAGAAAGUUUCGGACAGCUGUCUAAGCUCGAGUAUUUUUAUGCUUCCCAUAAUUCUUUCCAAGGUGUGAUUACUGAAGCUCAUUUUUCGAAGCUUUCCCGAUUAAAAGAGUUGUACUUUAAUGAUAACCCUCUUGCUUUGAAAUUCAAACCCGACUGGAUUCCUCCUUUUCAGUUGGAUAUAAUAGGACUUUGGUCCUGCAAUUUAGGGCCUCAUUUUCCGAAAUGGCUUCAAACCCAAAAGAACUAUUCAGUUCUUGAUAUCUCAGAAGCUGAAAUUUCAGAUGCUGUUCCUAACUGGUUUUGGAACUUACCUCCAAGACUUUUUUACCUAAAUAUAUCUCACAACCUGCUAAGUGGCAUGGUGCCAGAUCUAUCCUCGAAAUUCUAUGGUAACCCUGGAAUUGAUUUGAGUUCAAACCUGUUUAAAGGUGCUUUGCCACGCCUUCCAUAUAACACCUCAACCUUAAAUCUUUCUAAAAAUAAGUUCUUGGGUUCAAUCGCUUCUAUAUGUAAAAUUAUUGGUCCGACUUUGGUUUUCCUUGAUUUCUCAGAUAAUUUAUUAUCCGGAGCCAUUCCUGAUAAUUGUUUCAUGAACGGGCAACAAUUACUUAUUCUAAACUUGGCAGAUAACUAUUUAUCAGGAAAAAUUCCAACCUCUGUGGGGUCUCUAUCUUUGCUUAAAACAUUUGGUUUGCGUAAUAAUAGCUUCUCUGGAGAAAUACCUUUAUCAUUAAAGAAUUGCAGUUUGUUGAGAUUUUUAGACCUUAGUUAUAACCGCUUAUCUGGAAGAGUACCUGCCUGGAUUGGCGAAAGCCAGCAGUCUUUGGCCUUUCUUAGUUUACAGUCUAAUGAGUUUCAUGGAAGCAUACCAAUCAAACUGUGUUGGUUACAAAAUAUUCGGCUGUUAGACCUUUCUCUCAACAACAUUUCAGGAACCAUACCCUAUUGCUUCAGGAAUUUCACUCAAAUGACAAGGAAAGAAUUAGUCGAGAAUAAUAUUUAUGGUUACAAAUUUCCUUCAUCUUCUGGAGAAGAUAAUGGUUUUAUAGGCAGUUACGUGGAUAGGGCAUUGAUUGGAUGGAAAGGAAGAGCAUACAAGUUUGACAAAAGUCUGGGACUGCUUAGGAUCAUUAAUCUUGCAGGAAACAAAUUAUCUGGGGAAAUUCCAGUAGAAAUAACAAGUCUUAGAGCCCUGGUUGCACUGAACUUAUCAAGAAAUGAUUUAACUGGAAUGAUUCCUCAAGAAAUUGACCAAUUGAAGCAAUUGCAGUGGCUUGAUUUAUCCAGAAAUAACUUAUCAGGAGCAAUUCCCGACAGCAUGACCAAGCUAAAUUUUUUAAGUUACCUCGACAUUUCCUACAAUAACUUGUCAGGCAGAAUUCCAACAAGCACUCAGCUUCAGAGCUUUGAUGGUUCAGCAUUUGCUGGUAAUAAGGAACUAUGCGGUCUUCCAGUGACAGAAAAAUGUCCGGGAGAUGAUGAGCCUCAAGUUGUACAAACAAUUGAUGAUACCGAGGGAGAUGAAGAAAAUGAUGAUGAAUUCAGGAAAUGGUUGUACGGUGGUUUGGCAUCCGGAUUCAGUGUAGGCUUUUGGGGAGUUCUAGGAAUUUUUCUGCUACGGCCUUCUUGGAGAGAAGCCUGUUUCCAGUUCCUGAACAAAGUAAGGGACUGGUGCUUUGUCUUUGUGACAACAGGAACAGCUAUGGCAAAGAUCAAAAGGUGAAGAUUUCAGUGCUAGCACCACCUCUAUUUCUUGAGGACCUGGGUAGGUAAUAAUGUGAUAUUAUAUUAUCCUCCUCGAAGUAUUUCAUUAUAUUUUUCCUUUGACAUCUGUUAAUAAGUCUUAACCAUACAUUUUGCUGAUAUUUUGGUUCUUGGAAUAGUUUCUCAGAAUUGCAUAAUAA